UGGGAGUUGCGCUCGCUGAAGGCCACAGAAUGAGAGCAGUUGCUUUCCUCUCACUCCAACAGGCAACUGCAGGUUUUCUGUAGCUCUGGCUCCCUCAGAGGAAAAACCCUCCAGAUUUCCUCUGAUUUUUUUUUUCUUUUUCUUUUUUUUUAACUUCCUUUCUCCCUCCACCACCGCUCUUAAUUUUUUUGGCCUAGAAGUACAAUGCCUGUAGUUGGUGUGGCUUCCAAGCUGAGGCAACCAUCUGUGGUGGGCACCAAGCCGGUGCACACUGCCCUCCCCAUCCCCAGCGCCGUCCGAGCGGCCGCCUCGCAGGGCUUCAUGGCCCGGCAGCGGGACCUCGGGCCAGGUGACGGCACCCCGGCGCUCAACUGUCAGCUGUCGGUCAGGUCCGAGUACCAGCAGGAGAGGAGGACGGCGGGAGGAAAGGCCAGAGCAGAGAGCGAGGAGAGCAAGAUCUGCAAGAUAUACACAGACUGGGCCAACCACUACUUGGCCAAGUCUGGCUGUCCACGCCUCAUCAAAGACCUGAGCCAGGACGUCACCGAUGGAGUCUUGCUGGCGCAGAUAAUCCAGAUCAUAGCGAAAGAGAAGGUGGAGGACAUCAAUGGUAGCCCCAGGAGCCAGUCGCAAAUGAUCGAGAAUGUGGAUGCCUGUCUCAGUUUCUUGGAUGCCAGAGGAGUGAAUGUCCAAGGGCUCUCAGCAGAGGAGAUCAGGAAUGGCAACCUGAAGAGCAUCCUCGGCCUCUUCUUCAUCCUGUCACGCUACAAGCAGCAGCAGCAGCAGCAGCAGCAGUACUACCAGUCCCUGGUGGAGCUCAGCCAGCAGACCAGCAGCACUGCACCGUCCACCAGCAGCCUCAAAACACAAGAGAUGCAGUCCAGUCUCACAGCACGAUAUGCAAGUCCUCCAGGCCACAGUGGAAUAGGGCCACCUCAGAAGAAAAACACAAGGUUACCAGGACCGGCCAGAGUCCCUGCUGCAGGCAGCGGGGCGUCCAGAAGCCCAGGCUCAUCCAACCUCAACCGCCGGAGCCAGAGCUUCAACAGCAUCGACAAGAGCAAGCCUCUUCAGUAUGCAAGCGGUAACGAUAGAGAGUCGGUGAGGGGCAUCCCAGUACCCAGUGGGAUGAAUGGGAGUGGUAUUGGCGGGAUGGUUCCCACCAGCCUCAGUGGGCAGCAGCUGGCCUCUGCCAUCCCCUCACCCACAGCUGGGAAGUCCUGGCGCAGCAAGUCCAUGAACCUCAAGCACAGCGCCACUUCCUCCAUGCUGGCAAGCCCCACACACUCACCUUCCACCACCCCUUCACCACAGGCCCUGGAAGGCCUUCAAACUCACGGAAGUGAGGCGUCCAAAGUCGGGUCAGGAGCCAUGCCUCCGCAGAGGUCAAUGCUCGAGAAGUUUCGACUUAUUAACCCUCGUUCAGCCUCAAGAGCAUCACCAUCCAUGGCGGAAAUGACUCUACAGGAAGAAGACGACCUAUCAGAGUACGGAGACGAUGGGCAGACCCCAACGGGGUCAGUGUGCAGCAGCGGCAGUAGCAGCGCUACCGCCAAACAGAUCUCAACAAAGACGCCAGCAUCAUCCCUUUCUGCACCUAGCAAAACGUCGUCUUCAUCGUCAUCAAAAACGUCUGCCAGUGGCAGCAGGUCCUUGGCCCCAUGCAAAGACAAAGAGGACAAAAACAAGUCAGGGAAGUCUUCAAAGGACAGCUCUCCUCCUAAAGAGGAGCGCGAGAAUGCGUCCGACUCCACAAAGAAGACCUCCAAGAUAGCCAGCCUCAUCCCCAAGGGAGGAAAGUCAUCAUCAGGGAAGAAAGAUGGCGGCUCCUCCUCAGCUUCCAGCGGCAUCCCGAAACCAGGACUCAAAGCUCCAUCCAUGGCGUCGGCCAAACCUCAGAGCCAGUCCCAGAACCAGAACCAGAACCAAGCUGCCUUAAACAGCAGUGGCAACAUGCGAGCAGGUGAAGGAGAGCGAGCCAAGCUGACUAAAGGAGGACAAGGCGGGAGUUUUUAUAUCCAGCACUCCGCCGGCGGUCCAGAGGGCAAACGGACCAGCAUGACCUCAUCUACCAGUACCUCGGCUCUGUCCGGAUCCAGUGGGAUGCUCGUGGGAGGAGGCGGGGCACUCGGAGGCAACGGAGUGGUUCAGCUUCCACAGCAGCAGCAACACAACCACCCCAACACUGCCACGGUGGCGCCCUUCAUGUACAGGACGUUCUCUGAAAACGACUGCACCAUGGUGGCCCCAGCCGACCCCUGCCUCAGCCCCACCAAGGGAGAGCUGGUCUACAGCAAAACAGCCAAGCAGUGCCUGGAGGAGAUAUCAGCAGGCGAGGACCCCGAGACAAGGCGUAUGAGGACAGUGAAGAACAUCGCUGACCUGCGGCAGAACCUGGAGGAGACCAUGUCCAGCCUGCGGGGGACACAGAUCAGCCACAGUACGUUAGAAACAACCUUCGACACCACAGUGACGACCGAGGUGAACGGGCGGAGUCUCCCCGCUCUCGCUGCUCGCUCCUCCCCCAUGGCCUGGCGUCUUGGCCAGUCUCAAACCCCACGUCUCCAGGCAGGCGAAGCCCCCUCCAUGCCCAGCGGAUAUCCUGCGCCCAGGUCCAGCACAGCGGGCGCCGCCCCCAACACGGGCCGAUACAGCGGCCACUCGGACCCCUCCAGAUACCUAACCGACAGUGGCCUCCACCUUUAUGGACGGACUGCAGGCCGAUCCUCGGAUGUGACUUCUCCUCGGGAGAUUGCCCAGAGAGGGAGCAAAGAGAUACAGGGCGACAUUGACAGUUGGGACGACAGCAGCUCGGUGAGCAGCGGCCUCAGCGACACCUUGGACAACUUCAGCACCGACGACCUGAACGCGCCGGCGUACUCCGCCACGAGCUCGUCACGCAAAACCAAGGGAGCACAGUCCCAGAAAGGAAGCAGGUCCAAGCAUGCCGAGCCGGAGGUGAGCAGCAGUUGGGUUGGAGCCGAAGAUCUGAAAAAAGUAGAGGAGGAGUUGGACGCGAGCAUGGACCCCAACGGCAGCCCCUCCCGCUGGAAGCCUUCCCCGUCCGCCUGUUCACCCCAAACCCAGGGUCAGUAUGAGGACACGGGUCAGAAGGCAGCGGGGCUACCCCAGAUGUCCCAAACGGGCUCGUGGAGGAGGGGCAUGACGACCCAGGUGGGGAUUACCCCACCCAGAACCAAGGGGGCCUCCGCUUCGCUCAAAACACCAGGUAAAACAGACGAUGCCAAGGCCUCAGAAAAGGGCAAAGUACCCUCCAAAAGCUCUGCUGGGAUACAGCGUUCACCGUCAGAUGCUGGGAGAAGUAGCGGGGAUGAAGGCAAGAAGCCUCCUUCUGGAAUUGCUCGCCCCCCUGCCACCAGUUCCUUUGGAUACAAAAAGAUCCCUGGCCCUGCCGGCACUCUAAUUACCUCAAGCGGUGCAGCCCUCACCAGCGGCUCAGCCACACUGGGCAAGGCCCCCAAAUCGUCGGCUGCCCUCGGCAAAGGCACAAGCAUCAGCGGAGUCCGUAAAACCAGCCUGGAUGGCUCGCAGCCCCAGGACGACGGCAUUCUCCUCAGCUGCAGCGGCUCCAAGGUCACCCUGCAGUACCGCUCCCUCCCCAGACCCGCCAAAUCCUCCAGCGGGUCGGCGGCGGCAGUGGCUGGGCGCUGCGGACACCGCUCCAGCUCCAGCAGCAUCGAAUCAAACGUCAGCGGCAAGUCAGCGGUCGGGGCAUCAACACAAGCGGGUGCCAAACGGAGGGAGGGAAAGGUGGGCUCGGACCGCUCCAGUCCCAUCACCGUCAACCAGACGGAUAAAGAGAAAGUCGGGGUGUCGGACCAGGACCCGGCAGCAGGGCUGUCCACCCCUCCCAAAUCCAGCCCCACCUCCAGCUCAGCGGGCCAGUCAGGCCUCAGGCAGCCGGGAUCCAAAUACCCAGACAUCGCUUCGCCUACCUUCCGCAGAUUGUUUGGCACCAAAGCCAGCAGCAAGGCCAGCUCUCCGGGCACGCCCGACUCUGGCAAGUGCCCGUCAAUAAUGGGCAGCCCUCACGGCACGCUGGCCAGGCAGGCCAGCCUGGACUCGCCUUCUUCUGGCACGGGGAGCCUGGGCAGCACCGGCGGCCUGAGCGGUGGCAGCAGCCCGCUGUAUGGUAAAACCCCCGACCUGUGUACCGACUCGCUGGCCUCCAGCCCAGCCUCUGGCCUCUCCCUGCCCUCCAACGCUCGCCCCUGGCCUGCCUGUAGCUCGUCAGCCGGCAGCAAGGACACGCUGAGCUGCCAGAGUAUGACCAGUCUGCACACCAGCUCUGAGUCCAUUGACAUGCCGCUGGGCCAUCAUGGGCCUAAGGUUACGCGAACCGGCAGUAUCAAGUCCACCCUGUCUGAGGGCAUGCCCCUUGACAGAAACACGCUCCCCAAAAAGGGACUGAGGUACCCGCCGUCGUCUCGGCAGACGUCCCAUGAAGAAGGAAAGGAGUGGUUGAGGUCGCAUUCGACCGGGGGCCUGCAGGACACGGGCAGCCAGUCCCCGCUUUCUCCUCCCGGAGCGGCUUGCAUCAACACUGGAAAAUAUCACUACUCCAACCUCUUAAGUCCGACCAACAUCAACCAGUACAACCUGCCACCAGGCAACAGCGGCAGCAUGAGCCGCUCCAACAGCAUCCCCGCUCAGGACUCGUUUGACCUGUACGGAGAGGGCCACCCACUAGGGGGCAGUGCGACCUCCCUGGAGGACCGACCCCGGGCCAUCAGUCGCUCAGGUUCCUUCAGAGACAGCACUGAUGAAGUCCAUGGCUCGUCCUUGUCUCUGGUCUCCAGCACAUCCUCACUGUACUCUGCGACUGAGGAAAAAGCCCACUCUGAGGGCCAAACAGUCCAAAAUUCCACGCAAAUCAGAAAGCUGCGGCGGGAGCUGGAUGCUUCUCAGGAGAAGGUGGCAACCCUUACGUCUCAGCUGUCUGCCAACGCUCACCUGGUGGCCGCCUUCGAGAAGAGCCUCAGCAACAUGACCUGCCGCCUACAGAGCCUCACCAUGACCGCCGAACAAAAGGAGUCCGAGUUGGCCGAGUUGAGAGAAACCAUAGAGAUGCUGAAGACACAGAACACCGACGCUCAAACGGCAAUCCAGGUGGCGCUCAACGGCCCGGACCACCUACACAAAGACCUUCGGAUUAGGCGGCAGCACUCAUCGGAAAGCAUGUCCAGCAUCAACAGCGCUGCCAGUCACGCCAGCAUGGGCAGCUUGGGCAAGGACGCCGAGGAUAAAAAGAAGAAGAAGAAGAGCUGGGUGGCUGAUUCCAUCCCAGCUCAGCUGCGCAGCUCUUUCAAGCAGGCGUUCAGCAAGAAGAAAAGCAAGUCGCAGUCGGCCCACGACGAGAUGGAGGAGAUGACCGACUCUGUGCCCUCCUCGCCCAAGCUGCAGCACGACAACAGGCAGGGCAGCAUCGCCACGCUGCGCUCCUCCCCCUCCACCACAGAGCUGUGCGAAUGCACGGAGGCCGAGGCCGAGAUCAUCCUGCAGCUGAAGAACGAGCUCCGGGAGAAGGAGCUGAAGCUGACCGACAUCCGGCUGGAGGCUCUCAGCUCGGCGCACCACCUGGACCAGAUCCGGGAGGCCAUGAACCGCAUGCAGAACGAGAUCGAGACCCUGAAAGCGGAGAACGACCGGCUCAAGUCGAGCGGGAACGCCACGCCCACGGCGACGCCCAUCAAGAUGGCCCGGCCGCCCUCCGAGGCCUCCAGCACGUCCUCGUCUUCCUCGCGGCAGUCGCUGGGGCUGUCGCUCAAUAACCUCAACAUCACUGACACCAUCAUGUCGGAUAUUCUCCUGGACGACAGCUACGAGGGAAAUCUCCGUAAGGAAAGUCGGAGUGUGCGGAUAGUGGUCACCAUCAGCAGCGGGCCAAAAAGCACCAAGGUUCCACAAAGCCACGAGUACUUGAUCGGGUCUAUAGGUGUUAGUGGGAAGACCAAGUGGGACGUCCUGGACGGGGUCAUCCGGCGGCUCUUUAAAGAGUACGUGUUCCGGGUGGAUCCUGGGACCAGCCUGGGUCUUAGCUCUGACAGCAUUGUGGGCUACAGGAUGGGGGAAGUGAUCCGCUGCCAUGCCUCCGAAGUGCCUGAGCUGUUGCCCUGCGGCUACCUGGUGGGCGACAACAACAUAAUCAAGGUUCACCUCAAAGGUGUGAAGGAGAACAGCAUAGACAGCCUGGUAUUCGACACACUCAUUCCAAAGCCCAUAAUCCAGCGGUACCUCAACCUGUUGAUGGAGCAUCGGCGGAUCAUCCUCUCAGGGCCCAGCGGCACAGGGAAGUCCUUCCUGGCUGCCAAGCUGGCCGAGUACAUCAUCAGUCAGAUGGGGCAGGAGGUGACUGAGCACAACGUGGCCAGCUUUAAUGUGGACCAGAAUUCCAGCAAGGACCUGCGUCAGUACCUGUCCAGCCUGGCAGAGCGUUGUAACUCUGAGAGGACAGACGCAGAGCUCCCCCAUGUGGUCAUCCUGGAUAACCUGCACCACAUCGGCUCGCUCAGCGACAUAUUCAACGGCUUCCUCAACUGCAAGUACCACAAAUGCCCAUAUGUCAUCGGGACCAUGAGCCAGGGAGUCUCCUGCUCUCCCAAUCUGGAGCUCCACCACAACUUCAGGUGGGUACUGUGCACUAACCACACGGAGCCGGUCAAAGGCUUCCUGGGUCGCUUCCUGCGCCGGAAGCUCAUCGAGACAGAGAUCGAUAAGAACAUGCGCAGCAACGACCUGAUCAAGAUCAUCGACUGGAUCCCCAAAACCUGGCAGCAUCUCAACAGCUUCCUGGAGGCACACAGCUCCUCCGACGUCACCAUAGGGCCUCGUCUCUUCUUGUCCUGUCCCAUGGAAGUAGAAGGUUCCCGGGUUUGGUUCACAGACCUGUGGAACUAUUCCCUGGUCCCCUACCUGCUGGAGGCUGUCAGGGAAGGUCUACAGCUCUACGGUAAGCGAGCCGUGUGGGAGGAUCCGUCCAAGUGGGUGAAUGACACGUAUCCGUGGAAUGCCGCCUCGCUGCAGCAAGAGGGCCAGUCGCUGCUCCAGCUGCGGCCGGAAGACGUGGGAUACGACGGCUACAGCUCAUCCAAGGAGGGAACGUCGUCCAAGCAGGUGUCUCAGAGCGACACUGAGGGAGACCCGCUGAUGAACAUGCUGCUACGGCUGCAGGAAGCAGCUAACUACUCCAGCACCCAGAGCUGCGACAGCGACAGCACCAGUCACCAUGACGACCCGCUGGACUCCUCCUUGGAGUCGGCCCUAUGAGCCCAAGAACCAGCUCACUUUAAACCUCUAAAGUGGUGGGCAAACCUUGGAACCCCAAAGAACACAUCCCCCCCAACACGAUAUGGAUUUAUCCGUCAUUAUCCAGUCCUGCUGCAGCGAGGUGCAACCUGGUCAGGCUGCUGGUCCACCACAGGACCCGCACUACAGAUAUAUAAUAUAUGAAAAGUUUUAAUACUCAAGAUAGACCCUCAAAUUGAAAGAAAAUGCCUAUAUUUUAAUGGUGCAAUAUGAAAUCCGAAUGUUUUAUGCUGUCAGAGGCUUUUACCAACUUGGUCCUUAGUGGUCACAAUGUGAAACCAAACCACUGUCUACAUUACGUCCAACAAACCGUACUGUCCUGUUCAUUUUUGUGACAUUUUUAUAAAAAUGUCCGCGUGUUCUCGAUGAGAAAUAUCCGUAGCUCUGGUGGUUUUUUCCAAAAGUGUUCUCACCAACGAGACACUUUUCCUUCGGUUUACUUUCAGACGUCGGUUUCCAAAGCGUCCCAGAACAACAAAACCGGAUAUUAUUAUUUUUUAUUAUUGUUUUUUUUUUUUACCCAGUUAUAUCUACAGAUGUUUACAUUGGUAUGGCUGGUUCUGUUACGUCUUUCCUUGUUUACAGAGGUGCUUCUUACAGACACACACAUAUAUGUGCACACAGAGGCAGCAGGGAGGAAAUCCCCUCGGAUAAGAACCUUUUAUCGGUUCAAGUCCCUUCUUUGAACAUCAUCAUGAAUGCCAGAGUGUCCUUGAGCAAGGCGCUCUGUCUUUACUGUUUUAAUGGAUGUCAGCUUUAACAGCGGGGCAUGAAAAGCAGAGCAGGUGUAGUUUUUAAUAUCUUCUCAUGGCCAAGUCUGACGCUUUGCACAAAAACUGGUGGAAACUGCUAGCAGUUUUGGCUAACGUUUGGGCCGAUGUAGGACAACUUUGAGCCCUUGCUGUUCAACUAGGAUCGGACGUUUGUCUGCAUUAGAUAUUAUUACUAUUAUUUAUUAAAGACCCAGAGCCGACCCAGGCAGAAUUUGUUUUCUAUUAAGCUCAUAAACCGUCACAGCAGGACUAAUGUCACGUCUAUAUUGUCAUCCUUUGAUCAUGUUCGGUUACCUUACAGAAGAUUUGUUUAUACAGAAUUGAACUUGCAGUCUAACUAGAGAUUAGUUGGUUAAUUGGGACCUCUAGGCAGAUUACCAUUCAUAACUUGCCAACUGUAGUUCUAAAACUGCAUUAUCUUAAUAAAAGUGAUAGGUGGCCCUCCUUUAGUUCCCCACAUUGUGACUCCAAACAGAUUUGGAGACUGUUUGUAACAAAUUAGUUUUUUUAAAAGCCAGGGAAAGUUGCAUUUGCCUCCUUUUGUCCAGCUGGGGGCAGUAGCAGCAUUGCAUUAUUUAAUGCUCCAUGGGGUGAGAUUGCAACUUCGGACUUUAAACCACGAUUGAGAAAUUCUGCCGGUUUUGAAACCAAAGCCUUUUAAAAACGUGGCACCAGUAACCAGCGUCAUGCCUCGUGAUGAGAAGUUAAUGUUUUACGUGUGGUGCGAAACACUUUUGGUGCUUUUACUUUGGAUAAACUGGUUCGGUUUUCAUGAGGCUAAAGUAAGCAACUAUCCAGACUUGGGUCAGGUGCAAAGCCAACCUCUCCCAUCUAAAAUUUUUUACAUUUCUUAACUGUUUUUUGAGAAAUCUGUUUUUUGAACCACUAAAAGGUUCUGUAUUUACACCUAGCACAUUUUGAACCUGUCGUGCUAAAUUUGGGGAGCCCCUGGGCGCCUCCAAGCCACUAAGCAGCCCCUUUUCCCACGUAUGCCUUGGGUCAGCUCUGAGCAAAUUGGCGGACAUUUGCUUAAGCCUCGUGGUGCUGGGCCCCCUGGCCUGAACCUUAUCAGGGUCAGCCACUGCCAAGCUGUUCCAAAUGCCAACACCAAGCACAAUGACAGUGUGAGAUCCGUGUGUCGCCCAGUCGUCCUGGUUCUGUGAAGGCAACAUGGAAAAGUGCCAAUGAUUUCCUUUGAUCCGACUGCCAAAUGUUCACACCGUACAGACUUGCGAUCAAAAAGCCCACCAUGGUUGUAGAAGUUCUCCAGGGUGGGAUGUAAUCCAAAUACCGAAUAGUCCAAACCCACAUACCCCAAACUUUCACCUGUUCAAUACCCUGCAUCCACCUUUAUUCUGGAGGUAUCCAAAAACCAGUCGAAGCCGCUGUCUUUUACAGUUUAAGUGAUAGCCGUAAAAGGGAACAAUAAUGUUGGUGCUUUCUAACUGCCUUAAACGUUCCUUCGCUUUCUCUGGCUGUUGUUGGAAGAGGGCUGCGUUUCACUGUAGGAUCAUGCUAACCUGCUUCCGUCGGCGUCAAAGAUGCCGUGUCUAGUAUGAGCACCCCUGCUUGCGGCCCCGUCUUCUUCUUGUGAAGCCUCCUUGCUUCUUUCUGACAGUAAGAAGUUAAAAGACAUAACGCUGUAUUUCAAGUUCAAACAAACAGACCAAUAUUGUAUAAAGAAACACAAAAAAAGGGGGGGUUGGGUAUUUUUUUAGUUGUUGUUUUGCGCCCAGUUGAGCUGGGCUCACUUGAAUUACCAGGAGCACAACCAAACUGUUUUGUUUUUGUUUUUUGUUUCUUUUUAUUAAGCCUGAUGAGCAUGUUUUGAAGCUUUUUUUUAAAAAAAUAAAUGGGAGUGGGGGUAGGUGGGAGGGUGCACUGAGAAGAGAACUUUACCUGUAUGUAUGCGUGUACUGGACGGAAGAAGCCAUUUAGAAUUUUGAUUGUUCUUUCUUUGUUUAAGUAGGUCAAUUUUGCACACGUUUAAGGGUCGGGGUGGGCUGUAAAUACUUCUAGAAUUCUUGCACAGUGAGUCAAAGAUCCAUUCUGGCCUGUCGGUGUUACAAAAUGCAAAAACCCGCUGAAGAUAUCGUCGUACGUAUGGAAAACGGAGAAGAAAAAGAUGCAAAAACUCAACCCGCUGUCAGAAACAGGUGUGUGUCUUGUGGUGAUUUGAUGUUUUGCCUAUGCAGGAGGCAUUAACUGUACAGAAGUACCGUUUGAACUAAUUACCUGGAAAAAAAAACAACAAAAAAAAACAUGUAGGCACCUGUCCAAUGCUCCUUACUCUACCAUGAAAUACUCUGGAUCCUCCGUGUCUUCAGAAAUGCCUGUCGUUCCUCAAAUGGAUGGCUCAGGAUUUUUUAAGUGAAGUUCUGUUAAAAAGAUUGUAGGCAGUCAAUAUCCUAGGUAACUGUUGUCAUCAUUUAGUGAAAAAUCCAGUUUAGUUAACAGCUAGUUUGAAAGGAGCGAAUACCAAAGCAGACUUUUAUCGCCUCAAAGCAACUCAAGAAACGUCAUUGUGGUUUAUGCUAAGACUGCUGGUCAUUUUGUACAUUUUAGUUCAUUUGUUUCUCACGUCAAGAUACCAAACAUGUGUCCAUUUAUAUCCUGCAGGGAAUCUUUUAUACCUAAUUUGACAACCACAUUUUACCACCAUAAAUUGUCAUUCAAAGUAACAAUGUUGGAACGAAAUGGAACGGGAGUACAGGCUGACCUGUAGCCUUUUAUGAACCUUCAAGCCAUUAUCAUAUUUGCACUGGAAGGUGAUUUACCUAGAAGUACCCAAGGGAAAUAUGAUUUACUUUUAUAUGAAACAGCUACUCUAACAUAUACCCCACAAAAGCCAAACAAUUUGACCAUUAUUUAAAGGGUCUUCUUUGAGUGUGUUCUCAACACAUCAACUUUCCCUUCACCAAGUACUGCAUGGUUGGUCAGUACUUGAAGUGGCCAUGGUUAAUGGAGAAAAUUGGAAAUGCUGGUUCUUGCCACCUUGUGUAAACAAAUUUCUCGGUUCUUGCCGGGUAUGUAAAUGCCUUCACUGGAAACACUUCUUAUGUUCCGUACUCUGUGUUUGUUUCUCACCGGAAGAUUAUUGGCGGCACACUGCCUCCAACCUCCACUUCCCUUGCAAAUAGGGAGAACCCUCUGUGUAAAUAACCACCUACUGCCUACAUGGCAAUGGUUUCAAGGCUCAGAAUACAACUUUUGUUCAAACCGUUAUGACAUUUUUGAGAUUUCAGUUAAGAUAAUAGAGGUCCACUUUGGUUUUGGACUAAUUGCAUUUCCAAAUUGCUUCAGCCUUUGGAAAUGACUAACCUGGAUUUAUGCUAAAUGACGAUACCAAACAAAGUCAUCUACUGCAGGUAAGAUAUUAACUCUGCAGACCUUCACUUAAAAAUCCUGAGCUAUGUUUUUCAAAACCACUUCCUCUUUGGUGAUUUUAACCCUAACUUACCACCACCUUAGGCUUGCUAGCUGUCUGAGGUGCUGAAGUUGAGCCGACGCUGUACUGUACACAUCUAACAGGUGCUACUGGUCAGUAAGAGGCCCACCAGAGACCAAGAAGUCUUGUUGUCACAACCUCAGGACAAACCUCUACAAUCCUACCUGUACUCAGCUUCACAUGUCUCUGCAGCCCAGCCUUUGAUGGUUGCUAACCAGGUGGUGUAGUUGCAUGCCAAGGGUGAUAAAUGCAGUGUUUACAGGUUGCUCUAUACUACACCCAUGUAUCAAAACCUAUGUACACUCCUGUUAUAGGCCAUUAGUUCCCAAGAUAACAGCACUUUGACACCAUUAACAGUGUACACCAUUGUGUUGAAAACCAACUGGUAAUUUUUCCCACUUACACUUUCAAGUUGCAUCUCAGUUGGAGACCAUAGCAUUUACUCUGGUUUGAGAGAAAGUUUUGUUUCUUUCUGGGUGAAACAUUUGUCCUUAAAUGUUUUAUAUUUUGUACAUUUGUAUGUAACAUAUCAUGUAAAUAUACAGAGACAGUGAUUUAAGUCAUCUGGAGGAUUUUGUAGUCUUUGUAAAGCCCUAAUAAAUGGUAUUUGGUGUCACUCAA